AUGCCCAAGGUUAGGAGCGGGCCAUCGAAGCGCAUGACGUCGCGUCAGCGCCACAAGAUUGAGCGAAAGAAACGGGAACACAAGCGCGACCUUCGCCGAGCUGCAAAGUCUUUGAAGAAGUCCGGUCUUGGUCCGAAAAGGACGAAAAAGACCCGAGAACUUGCCAAAUUGGCCUUAAAGGUAUCCAACGCCCAUCCUGAUAAGGAAGCCAUCCUUCAGAGGGUGCUUCAGGCACGUGAAGACGCUCGCGUCGAACGUGCCAAACGGGCUGAAAAGCCUUCGGCUGAGGAGGAUGAUGCUCGUGGGCAUGUGGAGUCCGCCUCCGAGCUAGCACACACGGCUCCGAUAUUGCGUAAGAUUAAAAAGGCCCUGACGUAUAUUCCUGUUCGGGAAUCUAACAAUUUUUCAUAUCAAUUUAAUAAGGCACUGGCGGAACUCGUUUUCCCGCCUCCUGGGUCGUGGAUGGAGCUCCCAUCGGCGGCUUACGUGAUUACCCUUGACGCCCGCUGUGCGGUUCAGUGUAUACCAUGGGCUCUUCUUGAUGCAAUUGUCCAGGAGGCUAAUGUUUACAAUAAAAACGGUGGAGUUCGAAAAAUCCUUCUGCUUUUUGCCAUUACCAAAAUAGACCUUGUGUCUGUGCCAGCUGUGGUUACACAAAUUUCACUUCUGGCAAAUGCGCUUUGUGAACGGUAUGUAAACAGGACUGACAGUGAGGAAUCAUUGAAGUUGAGUGACGCCAUACGUGUUGCUUUUUGUCCCGUUUCCAAAAUUUUUGACAAGACAAUACGACAUGUUAUUCGAAUUUUGAGACAAUUUCUUUCGAGUGAGCAAUGUUCACAGUCGAACCCGUAUUGCAACCUUGAAGGGAAACUUUGUUCGUUUGUUAUUGGACUCCCAAACACGGGUCGCCGAACUCUGUCUCGCUCUUUACUACAGUAUGGAACUGAUUCGGGCGUAAGUCUCGUUCCCGUUUCCGCUGCUCAGUUACAGGUGAUGGCCAGCAAGGAUGAAAAUAAAGAAGAUAUGAAGUUUAAAUUGGCUUUCCCCAAUGCGAAAGAAAUAACAUUACUACAGUUCCCUGAAGAUGCGGUACUGUUGCGUGAGCUUUCCUCUGUGUCUGGAGGCAAUGUCGUUUUCAAGCCGUUUUCGUUUAUUGAAAGAAUGACUAGUCCUGAAGUCAUUGGUUGUAUGCUUUUCGAGGCUGCAAUUGACAAAGUUGCCCUUGCGCAGGGCUUUUGCCAGCCCGGAGAAGGAUUUAUUCCUUCUCCCGAUGAAGAACAAAAUAUUAAGAUGGCCCAGCGAUUUUUUCGAGGCCUUGGACACACAGUACGAAGGGAAAAGGGUUUUUACGUGUCUCCCUUGUUUGUGUCGAACGCUGGAACCAUGGGAAAACUUUCUAGCAGUUCCUUGACAGCGUCUGUUGGUUUUACUUCUCGCCAGCAAAGCACACAAACAACCCUUCUUGACGCCUCAUUUAGUAAUGCCACCCCAAACAAGCUUGUGCGUAUUUCAUCCGUUGUGACUCCCUCUCAUGGGAAAAGAAAGAGUAACAUGAGCGUACAAAGGAUGGAUUCCCAUAAUGCCUUGAAGCUUGGUGCUCGUACUUUUGUUCGGGAGAUUUGUCAGGGGAAAAAUAUCCCCUGGGCAGUUAUGCGGCCUCCUACGAAAAAGUGUGUAACAAAAGCCGAAGUGGAGGCUGCCUCUGUCAUUUUUGAUAUUUCUCUCUCUUUGGGGAAAAGGCUUGGGAUGCUUGAGACACGUCAAGGCCCUACUGCCCACUUUGCUAGCCUCUUGGACCACGUAGCCUCCCUCUUGAAGCAGUAUUUGAUGUUUUUGCCUAACAAUGUGGUGGAGUUUGAUCCUGACUGCAUAAUCGCCCCCAUCCAUGAUCUCUAUGCCACAGAGAACGCAAACGAAGAGGAAGAAGCCGAUGAGAUGGAGAGAGGAGACGGUAGUGAGGGAAGUUACGAUGAUGCGGAGGAAGAAGAGGAAGAUGAAACUGAAGAAGAAGAAGAGGAUGAUUCGGACUAA